GAAAGGGAAGAACUGAGGAGAAAACAAACUAUGAAAGUAUUGGUUAUUGGCCUUGGAGGUGUAACAAAUGGGGGGAAAACAACGCUGGCAGAAGAGCUUAAGAAAAUGCUUCCCAACUGUGAUAUAAUCUCUCAAGAUGACUUCUUUAAGCCAGAGUCUGAAGUAGAAACAGAUGAACGUGGAUUUAAGCUAUAUGAUGUACUUGAUGCCCUAUAUAUGGAUGAAAUGGUGAAAAGUAUUCGCAAUUGGAUGAAAAGCCCAACAAGCUCAGGUGUUGUGACACAGGAGCCACAGAAUACAUGUGACAAUCUGAAAGAUACAGAAGAUGUUUAUAUUUUGAUUGUUGAAGGCUUUCUGCUAUACAAUUAUGAGCCACUUAAUGAACUAUGGAAUAGAAGAUAUUUUUUGACCCUUCCUUACGAAGAGUGCAAAAGGAGAAGGAGCACCAGAGUCUAUCAGCCAGCAGAUACACCGGGGUACUUCGAUGGACACGUGUGGCCUAUGUACCUGAAAUAUAAAAAUGAAUUGGAAGAGAAUGCAAGUAACAUUGGUGCUGACCGUACACACUACAGUCACCAGUCUCGCAUGAGAAGUGUCAAAGCUGGGCCAGAUGAUGGGACGCUGACAUGAGCUUGUGUCAUGUUCACUCUUGUACAGCUCUUGAACUGCCCACUUCUUGAGUGGGGGCCAGAGGAAAGAGAAGUCAGGUGGCUGCUUCAUCAGCACACAGCUUCUUACUGUACAGUGAGCAUGGGAACCGCAGUGCCGCUCCCUGACUUGCUCAAACCCUGAAGCUGAGGAAGAACCUGAGGUCUUCCACUGCAUAGGAACAUUUCUGCUGAAUUAUUCCAUUGCUCUACUGUCCUAACGUUAUUACCACUACCUUUAUGGAGACCUCUAUACCACAAAAAAAUUGUAAAUUAAUUCUUAAUUAGAAUACUUUUCCAUUAUGUUGUUUUUUAACAUGUAAAAUGAAUUUGGGAAAGAAGAAAAGGGAGGUACUGUUCUUGGGUUUUAUUUUUUCAUCUCUUCUGAUGGCACCCAUAGAAAUACCGAAAACUUUGCCAAUUGCCAUUACAGAUAACUGGUAUAGAAUUCAUGAAAACUUUUUCUUUCAUCUUUCUUAGUUUAUUUGGAUGGCACAAAAUCCCAAGAGGAGCUUUUAUCCUGUGUGUAUAGUGAUAUAAUACAGGAAUUAAAAAAGCUGAGGGAAGGAAGUAAGUAAUGUUACUGGAAAUUGAAUCUGCUUAUCCCAUUCCAAGUUAACAAGAAGCUAAUCCUUUUAUAUGAAAAUAACUGCAAGUAUUAUAUAGAUCUAUAUCUCCUUAUGUAUUACAGUCCUUAUACAUGUUUGCCUAUUGCUCUUAAGUCAUCAUAAGCUUUAAGUUCCUUGAAACUGGAUGUUCUGAAAUAAUAGGUGAAUCCACUGUUAUCUAGUGAUAAAAUAAUAAUUAAAAAAGGGGGAACAGAAGGAAUAUGGGGCAAAACAUUGAUGAAAGAAGAUGUGUUGGUGGCAUUAGUUGCUAAUACACAGUGGUGUCACAUGCAAACAGCGAAGUGACACUACAGGUUAAAUGUGUACUUUUUAUUUUUAUUUUAGAUCAGCGGGUCACAGCAUGAUAAUGUAGAAAGCCUGGGUUCCAUUUGAUACGAAUUGAAAACCCCAAGACUGUCAUACUUGGCAGGCCAACCGAGCAGAUGUUAUGUGUACAUCCAUAAUACUAGUUCAUACAACACAAGUGGAUUUGUAGUGACUAUUAACUCUGUAAGCUUCAAAUAUUGUUGAGUAGUAUCAACAAUGCAUUAUUAUUUAGAAUUCCUUUAACCAGUCAUGCUUUGGCUUAUCUUUAAAUCUGAUUGAAUGUGUACAUUUUAAAGAAUAUAAAUAUAUUUUUGUGUGUAAAACUAAACAGUAAAGAUGUAGUUCUGCUGGAUUAAUAAGUAUAUCUGAACAUGAAUGAAUGCAAUCUGAAGUGUUUGUAUAGCAAUGACAGUGAUUACCUCUAAUAUUUUUAUGAGCUUCUAAUCACUGAUAAACAUGGGUAGAGGAACUAGCUAUAUGCUGAGGCAAUAGUAAGUUUAAGAUUGUAUAAGCUGUUACACUUCUUAUUCAGUAACUGAAGCUGUUACUGAAUACAUCAGAACUGAACUUACUUAGACUUGCUAAAUAUCUCUGUGGUGUUUGUCAAGUAAUUUUUGUGUUGUGUAUUGGUUGGACCAGUUGAGAAUGGAUAUUUAAAAAAAAUCCAAACCUGAAGGGAAGUCAGGUUGUUGGAAAAAGAUGGAGGAAUAAGCUGUCGGAGAGAAUGCAGAUGCAUCGCUAACAAGAUUAAGUACAUGUAUUGUGCAGAGAUCGAGGAUUGGGAUGACACAGACUACUAGACAAUAAAUGCAUGCUUCAGGGAGGAGGAAGGAAGAAAUAAUUCUUAUUAAUAUUCAUAGCUAGGGUGAAAUUAUAGUAAUGAAAGUGUUCAGAAAGUAUGCUAAAUGUAUGUUAAAGCUUUGCUAUAGGAUUUAUGUACAUAUGUUUAAACUAGGAAACGGGUAAGUUGAACCAUAUUUGGUUGCUGAAUAAGUAAUGUAUUAACUCUUACAUUUUCUAUACAAUAACUUACAUUUUUAUCAGCUAGAAUAAAAAUCAAGCUACAGACAUGAAGAGCAAAGAAUGGACUGUAUUACUUACUAUGUGUCAGCUGAACUGAUCAAACUGAUGGAAAUGUAAUGCUUUAUUGUUAACAGUAUUAAGAGUCCUAAACCUGUAUAUAAGAAAAAGUUCUUAAACAGAUUACAGCUAUGUAAAGCUGUGUUUAAGACAAAGUGCUUCCAGAUACUAUUUUGUAUUAUUGUUUUGCAGUAAAAAUACUUCAAGUUGCAUUUGUUCAAAUGCAGUGAUGGACUGUCUGACUUUAAA